UUCGUCCUGCCAUUGAACGCGCCCGCCUGCCGGGGCUAUGCAAAACAUCGCCCAUUUUGGUCCUAUGCCGGCUCGGUGAGACCUCUGAUAUAUAACAAGAUCCCCUCCGCCGAUAUACCCUGCACACACCACGCCGCCAAAGGGCGUUGUGUACAGAUGGCGGUCGAAGAUCUCGUGCAAUGGCUCGACGCAUGCGGCGCCCUCCUGCGAGACUUCCCGGCCGAGGACUUCGCCUUUCUUGCAUUUCCCUUAGCCUGCACCAUCCUGGGCGGCAUCAUCUUGUACUUCACCCACACGGACUAUUGGGACAGACCCAAGCACUACACCGUCCCACCUCCAAAGAUACCCGAUGAAGUCAAAAUCCUGGAACAACCGACCAUCAAAGUCCCCGGAACGACGGCGAUCCAAUGCUAUAUGCCUGCCACCGGCCGGCUCCUCGGUCUUGUCAAUCCGUCGACCCCCGCCGGUAUCGAUCGCGCGAUAGCUCAGGCUGCUGCUGCCCAGGAGAAAUGGGCCACUACUUCGUUCAGCGAGCGGAGGAGAGUGCUUCGCACUAUGCUCCAACAUGUCCUCGACAACCAGGAGCAGAUCUGCCAGGUCAGCUCUAUGGAUUCCGGCAAGACCAUGGUCGACGCUCAGCUCGGCGAGAUCAUGGUCACCGCCGAGAAGCUCCAGUGGACCAUCAAGCACGGCGAAAAGGCCCUGCGCCCCAGUAGGCGCCCGACAAAUCUACUCAUGGCGUAUAAAAAGAACACAGUCCACUACGAGCCCCUGGGUGUGGUGGCGGCGCUAGUUAGUUGGAAUUACCCAUUUCACAAUCUGAUAGGCCCUAUAAUCAGCUCCAUCUUUGCCGGAAAUGGUGUCGUGGUCAAGGUUAGCGAACAAACCUGCUGGAGCGCCGCCUACUACACCAGCAUUGCGAGGGGCGCGCUGGUAGCACACGGUCACGAUCCCCAGCUGGUGCAGAGCGUCGUCUGCUGGCCGCAGACCGCAGGACAUCUGACGAGCCAUCCCGGUAUUAGCCACCUCACCUUCAUCGGCAGCCGGCCCGUGUGCCACCACGUCGCCGCCAGCGCGGCCAAGAGCCUCACCCCCGUUGUUGCGGAGCUCGGCGGCAAAGACGCAGCCAUCAUACUCGACUCGGCGGAGCCCGACCUCAAGAGGAUCGUAGACAUACUUAUGCGCGGCACGUUUCAGGCUUCGGGGCAGAACUGCAUCGGCGUGGAGCGUAUCAUCGCCGCGCCGCGGGUCUAUGACAAGCUUGUCGCCAUGCUCGAACCUCGCGUCAAAGCCUUACGCCUCGGGCUGUCCGAGGACGUCGGCGCCAUGGUAUCGGACGCCUCGUUCGACCGGCUCGAGAAGCUCGUCGAGGACGCCGUGGCCAGCGGGGCGCGGCUCCUCGCCGGGGGGAAGCGAUACGUACACCCGGACCACCCCUCCGGUUUCUACUUCAGCCCCACACUUCUUGUGAAUGUGACGCCGGACAUGGCCGUGGCGAGAGAGGAAUGCUUCGGGCCGAUCAUGACGCUGCUCCGGGCCCCCUAUUCCUCGGCCAAGGACGUCCUCGCGAUAGCGAACGCGCCGGACUUCGGGCUCGGGUCGUCGGUGUACGGGUCGGACGCGGACCCGGCGCUGCGACAGGUGGUGCGGGGGAUCCGGGCGGGCGGCGUGGCAGUCAACGACUUCGCGGUGUACUACGCGGUGCAGCUGCCGUUCGGCGGGGUGGGCGGGUCCGGGUACGGGCGGUUCGCCGGCGAGGAAGGGCUGCGCGGGCUGUGCAACCUCAAGAGCGUGUGCGAGGACCGGCUCGGCUGGCUCGGCGUGCGCACGGCGAUCCCGCCCCCCGCCCGCUACCCCGUCCCCAGCCAGGCGUCCGGGUGGCGCUUCACGAGAGGCGUCGUCGGCCUCGGGUACGCCCUGACGCUGCGCGAGAAGCUGCGCGCGCUCGUGGACAUUGUGAGGAAUUCGUAGCUGGCUUGUCCCACUAUCACGUAUGAGGGGAGAGGGCAAUAUAUAUAUAGAGAGAGAGAGAGGGGGGGGGCGGGGGAGA